AUGUCACAACGAUCAAACACCUGUCCAAAGCCUCAGAAAGGAGUUCUUGCGGGUUUGGUUGGUGCAAAAGUAGCUCGUGGAGGGACAAACCUGAUGGAUCCAAUUCUCUUGUGGCUUGCUGAAGGUUUGACCUUAACCAAAGACGAACGGCCGGUGGAUCCCCUCAAAUGGUGGAUGCAACAACGGCAUGUUGGGAAUACUCACGGGGGUCUGCUACAGAUGGCCCUUGAUGUGUUAAGCUGUCCGGCGAUCUUUCAGCUUUGGAAGGGAAUAUGUUUCCCUCAGGAGGCACCGACUCAGCCACUCAUCAGUCACUAG